AUCGCGGCCAUUCUGUCUUCCAAGUCUCCGUUCGUGAAUACCAUGGGAUCGAACACGCAGAGAGACUUGGCCAGGCUGUCAUUCAAGAAAGGAGACUCGGAUUUGCUGACGGUCUACAAUGCGUAUACGGCGUGGAGGAAGAUCAAGAACACUCCCGGCGCAAACGAGUAUUCGUUCUGCCGGAAGAACUUCCUCAGUCCGCAAACUCUGCUGAAUAUUGAAGACAUCAAAACGCAGCUGUUGGUCAGCAUUGUUGAUGCGGGGUUGUUGAAGCUGGAUGCUGAAGAGCAAGCUUCGCUCAGGAGAGCCCGCGUCACUGGCCGUCAACGUCAAUUCUUCACUGUUCCCGAGCGAGUCGAUCUGAACAGCGGCAACGAUCUCAUCGUCAAUUCGGUGAUCACAUGGAGCUUUUACCCCAAGCUGCUAAUCCGCGAAGGCAAAGGGUGGCGAAACGUCGCAAACAACCAGACCGUGACCCUCCAUCCGACGUCCGUCAACAAGCAGUCGGAGUCACCUCCCAAGUGGCUAUCGUUCUAUCACAUCAUGCAGGCGCGGAGUAAAUUCUACAAUGCGCACGAGACGAGUGCCGUGGAAGAUAUUGCCGUUGCGUUGUUGUGUGGAGAUCCUGACUUUAAGAUGUACUCUGGCAUCAUCUCCAUAGACAACAACCGGAUUCGUUUCGCGGUUCGAGACUGGAAACAGAUGCUCGCGUUCAAGACGUUCUGCACACGCAUCCGCGACAUCCUGUCGGACGUGAUCCGCAAUCCACAGAAGAAUCUGUCACAUCGACAGCGGGAAUGGCUGGAGAUUUGGCAGCAGGUAUUUUCUCGUUCUGGUAACGAUAGAAGAUGA